CGCUAUUUUCUCUGGAGGGAAAAAGGUCAGCUCUCUUAUUUACACGCCACAAAAGCACACUGCCAGGUUCACUCAACCGUCACAAUUCUAUAACCAUAGAUGCACUAUUAGGGGCUGGUAAAGGACGAUCUCCUAUUUAUGGAAUAUAUACGAGGAAUACCGACCGAUGCAAAGCAACUCAGGGACUCUUGAAGACGGGUUUAAGCCGUACAGCAGGUUGAAAUAUCUCAGUUCGUCUGAUAACCCUUGCCAGCCGUAACCAUGGAAAUGGAGACAUCACGGGAAACAUCUCCCAUACUGUCUCCUAGCAACGCUUCAUUAAACGAAACGGGACCUCAUUCUUUGUCUUUGAACCACACGGAACCAGCUAAGAAUGGUGACGAAACAUACGAACAACUGAACGAGCCAGAUGACAGUGACAGCGACAAUGGUUUGAAUGUGUGGCAGGCCGUUCUGUUUCUCACCAGUCUUCUCGUUGAUUACUCUCUCCUCGCUGUGGAAGCUUUAGUUAUCAGUACAGGCUGGAUAAGCCUCUUUCUGGCGACCGUUUUAUGUAGCGCAAUUGUUUACACUGCCAUACUGAUCGGCCGUUGCUGGAUCAUCGUACGGGGAAGAUGGCAGAAUGAGCGGCAUCCUUACGGAGCGAUCGGCUACGAGGCUUUCGGGUCAUGGGCAAGGGCCGUCAUUAAUGUGGUCGUGGAUGUGUGCUGUUUUGCCACUGCUACUGGUAUCUUGACGCUGACAGCAGAGACUCUCUUCGUGCUCGGCGGGCAGGCGCUUCACGGCAAAUAUUGUCUUCUCCCGGUCGUGAUUGCCGUGGUCGCCUGCCCGUUCAUGUGGCUUGGGACUCCCCGGGAUCUGUGGCAAUUGGGUGCAGGGGGCGCUUUGACUGCUUCCUUGGUGUACGUACUGAUAUUCAUCGGUACAAUUGUCGACGACGAAAACACGGAGGCCGAACCAGACUACUCCAACUUCACCAAUGUUACCGUAGGGACGCCCUCUAGCGUUGGACAUGUACGCGGUACUUUGCUAGUGCACCUGGCGGAGAUUUGCGGAAUCGUCCAGGUCGCCCUUGGUAUACAUUACAUUGUGCCGGGUCUUCAGCGCGACAUGAAACAGCCGGAGAAAAUUACCAAGACUGUCUGUGUGUCGUUUGCAUACACAUUUGCUUUAGCUAUACCUGUUCUGAUUGUAACGUACGUCUUUCAGCGAGAUCGUCUGGCUUACGCGACAGCCGACACCACAGUUCUUGCCGUGUUGACCCCAGGGCCGCUGUCCGUUGUCGCCGCUGCGCUGUUUCUACUCCGUAACAUCGUAGCUCUAGUCACAGUUAACAACCCACUCUUCCAAUCCAUGGAGGAAAGACUAGAUAUUGCUUCCGAGUUUACGUGGAAGCGAGUGGCAUUGCGGACUGUCGUGUGUUUCAUGCAGCUCUUUAUUGGGGAGACUAUACCACACUUUGGUGUCAUCUUAGCCCUGGUAGGGGGCGUCUGUUACCCCAUCCUUAUCUUCUUGGCUCCCGCCAUUUGUUACCUACGGCUUCGAAACAUCCACACACCCGAGAAGUACAAAGAAUCCAAAGCAAUAUGGAUACUGGAAACAGCCGUCUGCUGGCUGAUUAUCGUGAUCACGCCCAUCAUGGCGGUGGUAAUACUGUACGUAAUGGGAACAGGCAUAUUCCAAGGCAAAACAGUCUUCACUGUUCCGUGCUUCAUCAAUGCCACACUAGCUCACGAAUAAUAAAGAAUGCUUGAACGCCAUAUGGUAACCAUUUCAACCAUUAGUACACGCAUGCGCAUAUUCUUUUGAAGCGUCGUGGUUAUAAUUAUGAGCAGAGAUCCGACGAACGUUUCAUGGUUAAAAUCUCCAGGUUAGCGUGAACGGCAUUGCUCACAAAAAGGUGAACAUUACAGUAUUAUAUGUGUGGCUGGGUCUUAUUGAUUAUCUAACUAUAAACAAAUCUUACAUAAAUUCUAAUCGUAACGAAAUUAGAAACUAACAACAUGUAUUGACAUUCCUUUAAAAAAAAACUGAAACAAAAUGUAAUUAUAUUGCUGACUGACACGCCUUGUUUUAAUUAAAGUGCACAUUACUCAGUUGAGAAUUAGCAUAACAUUGUGAUUUAUUUAUUUAUUUAUUUCAUUUCUUUGCCCAGAGUAUGCCCAAACAGUUCAAAACUGGUUUCCAUUAUGGCCCUGCAUACAAUAAAAAUGACAACAAACAUUUGUAUAAACACAACGUAACGCAACGCAACGCAACGCAACGCAACGCAGCGCAGCGCGACGCAACGCAACGCAACGCAACACAACACAAUGCAAUACAGGAAAUUCAUGGGUAUUUCGAACCAAAUUGAACUUUUUCCUUCCAAACCUAACCUUUUAAUUGACGUUGUUAGAUGGUCGUUUUUUUUACUUGAAUAUAAUAUACAUGUACGAGGUUUAACUGAAAAAAGGAGAAAAAUAGUUUGACAAUUGCCGUGCCCGCUGAAGCAGAUCGAUGUCACAGGCGUAAAAAAGUAUCCCCCCUUAUUCUUUUUUAGAUUCACCCCGCAAACCUUUAUUCUGAUUCAAAGCAUCGUCUUGAAUAUUCAUUUUCAUUGACCAAUCACUUUCGCCGUUACCACAAUAGAGAUUCGGAAUACGGAGCGCGGCCCGCGUU